AUGGCGGUCCGAACAAGCAGAAUGGAAAAGUCAGCGAAGAUUGUUAUUGCUGGAGCAGGAAUGGGUGGACUGGCUGCGGCACUUGCUUUAGCCAAGAAAGGCUUUACUUCUAUUGAUGUUUAUGAGACUGCUUCAAAUCUUGGUUUCGUUGGGGCUGGUAUUCAGUUGGCACCCAACAUGGCCAGAGUACUAGAUCGCUUAGGUGUGUGGGAAGAUAUUGCGAGGGAAGCCGUAGAAUGCCGCGAGACAAGUAUAAGACUGGGCGCUGAAGAUAAAGAACUCGCUCACGUGGAUCUGAGAUAUGUCAAGCCAACAUACCAAUAUCCGCAUAUGGUAGGACACAGAUCAUCACUAGCUGGCUCCCUUUACGAAGGCUGCAAAAAGGAGUCCUCCAUAAAAUUCCAUUUCUCAACCUCCGUCGAAACCGUAACAUCAUUCUCCCCAAAACCAACAUUUGUCAUAAAACCUCGGAAUGGAGAGCCCCAAACUCUCACAGCAGACGUCCUUCUCGCCGCUGACGGUAUUAAGUCUAAUGUACGAUCCGCGCUUCUCAAAGAAAUCAACGCAGACGCCACCAUAGUAGAUACCCAACAAGCAGCCUACCGCAUCAUGCUCAAACGCUCCGAAAUGGAACACGACCCCGAGCUCCUCGCUCUAAUCGACAACGAAAUAGUUACCCGCUGGAUUGGUGAAAAGCGUCACAUAAUAGCCUACCCCGUCUCAUCCAAAACCAUCUACAACAUCUCUACCGCCCAACCAGACAAGAACUUCGCUGCCGCACCCUCCGCCACUUAUACCACGAAAGGCAGCAAGAAAGCCAUGAUGGAUACCUUCUCCGAUUUCUGUCCCAAAAUCCAACGCAUGCUCGACCUCGUCCCCGAAGGCGAAGUCUGCGAAUGGAAACUCCGCGUCCACGCCCCCCUCCCAACCUGGAUCCACGGCUCCGUCGCCCUCGUCGGCGACUCCUGCCACCCGACCCUCCCCCACCUCGCACAGGGCGCCGCACAAGCAAUCGAAGACGCGGCUGUCCUAGCCGAAGUCCUAGAUCUCUGUCCAUCGUCUAACGCGGAAGAUAUCAAUAAAUCGCUCCGCGUGUAUGAGAAAGUUCGGAAGGAGCGCGCGGAGACGCUCGUUGAGCUGGCGGCGGAGAAUGGACGUGAUUUACAUCUUGGACAGGGCAAGGCGAAGGAGGAGCGCGAUCGCAAGUUCGCGGCGCUCAAGUAUGAGAAGAAGGAGGGUGGUGCGGUACCGGAUAAGUGGGCGGAUGCUGAUGUGCAGAAACUGAUUUAUGGACAUGAUUGUAUGGAGGUUGCGAGGGAGGGGUUUGAGGGGAUUUUUGCAAAGCUGUAA